CAGGAAUCUGGGCCUAAUAGGCAUAGCCGCUGACCUGAACACAAGCCAAGGCGCCUGGCCGUUUCAGCGGAAGAUCCGUGAUGAGAAAUGAGAUGGAUUGCACAGGCAGUGGGCAACAUAGCGAAUUUUGUUGGUAAAUUUAUAAAUACUGAAGUUGGAUCGAUAACUAACAUCUGUCUCCGAAUUGGUAUGGCUUCAGCUAAAGACAGCUGCAGCUCUUCUUCAGCGGAGUCAAAUCAACUGAUUUUCAACCCCAAGGCCUGGCUUUCAGAGUUCAGAUCUUCGAAAAAUGAUAGUAAACGCCGACUGCGAGUGGAAAUCAUACAACAAACCCUAGAAGCCUGUAAAAACUUCAAGUACACACUGGAAGACGGUUCUCAGGUCACAUUUACAGAUCACGAAAGUGUCUCAAGAGAUGCCAGAAAAACAACUCUUCACAUUGAAGAACUUCCGCCGAGAAGAACGGCGGAAUGUGAGGAUUUUAAAACCAAGAUAGUUGUGGUCAAUGCAGAUUGCCUUGAGGAAGCGAUUCGCUUGAGGAAUGAAGGGUUUAAUCCAGCUGUUUUAAAUAUGGCUUCAUCUCGGAGACCGGGGGGAGGCUACCUGUCAGGAGCUGGGGCUCAAGAGGAGAACUUGUUCCGUCGGACAAAUUAUGUCCAACAUUUAGCCAACCCUGACAAAGAAUUUGAUCCCAAAAGAAAAUGGACAUACAGACUCCCAGAAUUUGCAUGUGUCUACUCGAAAAAUGUCUUCAUCAUACGAGCGUCCGAGGCAGAAGGAUAUGCAUUUCUUUCCAAACCAGUGCCUAUGUCUUUUCUUGCUCUCUCAGCCUAUGCCCAUCCCCCCCUUACGAAAGAUAAACAAAGACUCAUCCCUCAAGUGGCUGAAAAUACAAAACGAAAGAUACGCUGCCUGCUGUCUACAGGUCUGUACCAUGGCCAUGAUGCGCUGGUUUUAUCAGCUCUUGGAUGCGGUGCAUUUAGAAACCCUGCCCGUCACAUGGCUCAGCUCUUCAAGGAAGUGUUGUUGGAGGAAGAAUUUGUGAAUAGAUACAAGCAUAUAUCAUUUGCCAUCUUUGAUGAUCAUAAUGCCAGGGGGGAUGGAAAUUAUCAACCCUUUUUUGAGGUUUUUUCUGAAUCUUCGUAAACGUUACUGGUCAGUGCUAAUUACUGUUGCCAAGUAACUGUUGCCAGGUAACAGAACAUCAAAAUAACUUUAAAUUGGACUAAAAUUGGAAAUACUGGAAAGGGCUUUAAAUAGAACAACACAAUCAUCUUAGAGCAGUUUUUGAUCAUUUGGCAUAGUAGUAACAUUUUUGGAACUGCCAAAGACUAAACCCUGAUUGAUAAAAGUAAUCAUAACAGUAUAAAACAUUGAAGGACCAUAAAACAUCACCUGCCAUUGACUGUGAAUUCCACUUCAUCAUUCAAAAUUAUUUUCGCCUGCAAACUCUGAUAUUUCGCCUACAUUUUAAUGGCAGGCUGUUAUUCUGAGCCAAGAAAAGUUAAUCCUUUAAAAUACAAUGUCAUAUUAGAUGUACAUGUAGUGAGAAUGCACCCAUUUCCUCAGUCAUUGGUUCCAGGCCAUUUAAUAAACUUACUUACCAUAAAUCCUCGAAUGAGCACCCGGGGCCCUUAUUUCAAAUUUAGGAGAAGACAGGGGGGCCCUUUUUGAGG